AGAGUAAUUGUGGGGAGAGGAAGAGGAAGAUUGUGCUGGUGAGUGAUGAAGAAUGAGUCAAUCUCGGAGCGAGUCGACUCACCACCGCCUCUAUGAUUGUGCCAAAAUGGCUCUCGUCAACAUCUUCGCUCACCCCUACGCCACCGUCUGCGACUUGUAUUGUGGAGUUGCCGACGCUGAUAAAUGGCUCGACGCCCAAAUUGGUCACUACAUUGGAAUUGACGCAUCUUCUUCUGGAGUAGACCAAAUGCGAGAAGCUUGGGAAAGCCACAGGAAAUCCUACACCGCCGAGUUCUUUGAUGUUGACCCUUGCACGGAGAAUAUAGAAGUGCCUUUGGAGGAGAAGACCAACAUGGCAGAUGUUGUCUGCUGUUUGCAGCAUUUGCAGUUGUGUUUUGAGACUGAAGAGAAAGCCCGGAGACUUCUACAUAAUGUGUCAUUGCUGCUGAAACCAGGGGGUUAUUUUCUUGGUAUUACUCCUGACUCCUCUACCAUAUGGGCCAAGUACCAGAGGAAUGUUGAAGCCUAUCACAACAAAAGCAGCAGCAUGAAGCCAAACAUUGUUCCCAACUGCAUUCGGACAGAGAAUUACAUGAUUUCUUUUGAAGUUGAAGAAGAAAAGUUUCCAUUAUUUGGAAAGAAAUACCAGCUGAAAUUUUCUAGUGAUGUCUCUGCUGAAACUCAAUGCUUGGUUCAUUUUCCAAGUUUCAUCAGGUUGGCCAGGGAAGCUGGGCUUGAGUAUGUUGAGAUUCAAAACUUAACAGAGUUUUAUGAUGACAACAGAGCACAGUUAGCAGGGCUUCUAACGCACUAUGUUCCAAACCUAUUGGAUCCCAGGGGAAGACUUAUUCCUCGAUCAUAUGAUGCGCUAGGUCUCUAUAGCACAUUUAUAUUUCAAAAACCUGACCCAGAAAUCGCACCCCCAAUUGCGACUCCAUUAUUGCAAGAGGCUAGUUAUAAUCAUGAUGAGCAGGGAACCAGUUGGCGAGAUGAUGAAAUAAUGAAUGGACAUAUAGAACCUGCUCUUGGGCUGGGCAAGAUAAGCGAACAAAAAGGGAUAUUGGGCCCUGGCCCUGCAGAUUUACGUUUUCCAGAGGCACUUUGACUGUUUUACUGAACCUACAUAUUUAGUUAAUUUUGUUGUGUCUAAUGCAGUUAAUAUUUUAAAUUGACAAAUUGCAGCUGAAAACAGAAUGCAAAUAGCUGUUAACUUUUUUUAAUGGUAAAGGUUAGGUUAGGUGUUUCCUUUGGCAUGUAGUCAAUGUGAACGGAUUAGUUUAUCCUGUAUUUGCAUAUUAUACUUAUUACCUUUUCUCUGGGUCUUCUACCCUAUGGUAUCCCAAACAGUAGAAUUAAAAUAUAGUGAACUAGUUUGAAUUAAUUCCG